AUGCAAGCAGAUUAAUAUAGAUAUCAGCCAGCCUCAAGAUUUGCCUAAAGUAUUGAGGAAAUAUACAGAAGAACCAACAAAAAUUUGAAUACUGGCAUUUAUACGAACUCAGGCAAUGACUUCUACAGAAUAGAUAGUUCAAACAUAAACUCAUCUAAACGCAUUGAUGAUUAUAGCUAUCAGCAGUAUCAACAGCCUUCGAUAUCGUCUUAAUAAGCGAGAACUGCAGCUAUUGCAUUUUAUCCGGGAUCUAACUAAUAGGCAUUUAAGCCAUCAAGCAGUAAUGGCUUCUCCUCAAAUGCAAAUAGCAUUCAGAUGAUCCCUCAAUCUCACCAAGGGUAUCCUAUUAAUAAUUAAAAAACUAUUUAUGUGAGAUCCAAUGAUGGUGCAGGAAAUGGUACAAUUGAUCAUAAUGCACCUGAAGAGUUUGAUUUUGGUACAAUAGGCGAGGAUAUUGAAGCACAUUAUGUAUAAGCAAAUUAGCUAUAAUCUAGGGGUAGGAGUCUUAAUUCGAGAAUAUAGGCACCUUCAUAGUUGCUUAGAACAAUAGACGAUGGAGUUAAUAUGCAUAGAGAUAUAAUAAAAAAUCAGAGAACUGUAUUUGAUGAUGAAAUAGAAGAGAGGUAAAGGAUUUUUGAGGAUGAAAUCAUUAAGAGAAUCAAAAUCAUACAGAAUUUUGUGAAAAAUCUAGAUGCUAAAUUCACUAAGUUCAGGGAAAGAGCAGCCAAGCGUAGAAAUGAAGAUAAUCAACCUGAAAAAUUGUCUACUCUUAACAAUAUGAAAUCACCGCAAAACUUUGGAUCCCUUUCUUAAAAUGAUAUAAAAGAUCUCAUUAAAUGGGAAAUUGAAGCGUUGGAAAAGAAAACAGAAGAUAGAGUAUCAAAGAUUGAGUAAAAUAACAAGCUAACUAAAAAGAAGACAGAAGACGAGAUUAACAUAGUGAGGGAGGAGACUCAGAAUGAAUUUGAAAAUAUAAAACAGUAGUUUGAAGAUUUUGGGAAUAGUAUUUAUGAUAGAGUUACUAAUGAUUUACUUUCACAAAUUUAGCAAGAGAUUAAGAGUUAAUCCAAUUAACUACAAACUAGCCUUAGGGAAGAAGCAAACUCUAUAGUUAUGGCUGGAUUGACUUAAAAUGAUAAGAAGAUCAUGGGAGUAGAGGCUUAAUUAGAAGACAUUAAGAUAUCUUAGGAGUAGUCAGUAGAAGAGCUAAGCAAGUAUCAAGAUGGGUUAGAAUAACUAAUGGAUCAAAAUAAAUUUUAACUCUAGGACAAUAUCAAUAAUGUAAAAGGUGAAUUUGAAAAAUUUAAGCAAUAAAUCAAGAAAGAUAUUAAGAAAGAAAUAGAUGAUUGUAGAUUCGUAAAAGAUGAUGAAUUUCAAGAAUAAAUUGAUCAUAUGAGAUAGUAGAUACAGUUCCUGUAAGCUAGUAAAAAUACAGCUAGUAAUCAAAGUGAUGAAUUGAAGCAGAAUAAAAUUGACUAGGAGGAACUUUAUCGAUUAGAAAAAAAGCUUAGCUAAAAAAUAUAAGAUAUUGAUUAGAAGUUUAGUAAUUAAGAUUUAGAUCUUGCAGACAAGAAUGAUCUCAAUAACUUGCAAGCAAACAUCAUGCAGAAAAUCUCUGAGCUUGAUAAGAAAUAUUAAAAUAUAUAGGAGCUAUAGCUAGAUUAGAAGAAUUCUUACAAAAAAGACUUUUAGCAGCAAGAGAAAGUAAAUGAAUAAAAACUAUAAGAUUUUGAUAGAAGACUUACCAAUUUACAAUUGUAGUUAGAAAACAAUAAGUUUAACUUAUAAAAUGCUCCAUCAACUAAUGCACCUUCUCUUAUUUUACAAAAUUAGAGUGUACAGCCAGAGUUUAAAAACAGCAUUCCAGUAGAAAUAAAAACUUCAAAUAAAAAUCAAUUCGAUUUCGGAUAUGUUGAACCUGUCCAGCAAUUUGAAGAAAUUGAUGAUGAUUGGCUUAAUCCAGGAAACAAGUAAUAAAAGCUAGAGCCAGAAAUAAAGAAAGCUGAACCAUAAGUUAUGCAUAGAAAUGUAAACAAAUAGAAAGGAGUUGGAUCAGCCAAUCCAUCAAUAAUGUAAGUAUAGCAGUAGAAAUAAACAAUAGAGCAAAUACCUUAGAUAGAUGAAGUACAACCAAUAAAAAGCCUUGAUGAAGAUUAUCAUGAUGAUUGGAUGAAACCUAAGCCUUAACCAGUAAUAGAGCUAGGAUCACAAAAAUAGGUUCCAGAAGAAAAGAAAAAAGUUCAAAAUUUUUGGGAUGAUCCUGAGGAAAUCGAUGAUAUUUAAUAAAUUGAUGAAUAUGAAGAUGAAUUAUUCGAUCCAUAUGUAAAGCCAAAGGAUGAACCUGAAGUCUUUAAGAAAAAUGAACCAUUAAAAGAUAAGAUACUAUAAUAGCAGCCAUAGAUAAUCCCUGAUAAAGCUUAGGCGAAAAAGUCACCAAUCGACUAUGGAUAAUUAAACAAGUCAGAAGAAAUCGUAUCUUUUGAGGAGGCGAUGUAAAAUGUAAGUUGGGAUGAAUAUGCUAAUGUCCAAGAGAACGUGGAAUUAUAUAUCGAUAAUUUUAUUGAGUAUCAAGUUGAAAGGCUAAUGAAAGAUUAUGGCAAAUAAAAUCCUAAGGUAUAGAGACUAAUAGACGAGUCAGUAUUUAGUUAUCUUUGA